AUGUAGCUUUGGGGACUUGCUCGAGACAUUCGUUUUGCCCAAAGCCUCGGCCGUUUUCCGGAGUCUUCGUCUACUCUGCUCUCCAUCCUCACAGUCUUCCUCUCCCUUCGAUCACCAUCUUCAUCUCCCGUCGGUUCGGAAGCUCGUCUUCCUUCCUUUGGCGUCUCAUUCUCGUCUCAGUUUAUCCAUUCUCUGCGGCGUCGACGUUAGCAAGCUAAGUGCGCCCAGAGGAUUUGAGUUUGAUCCCUUUAAUGUUCUGCCACCUUUGGGGUAAAUUGCCGGAAAUUGUUCCUUGUCUUCUGUAACUGGUGGGCUUUGCGAACUGCAUGAAGGAAAAAGCAGAAACGCAGAAAUAAACUAGUUAAGGUGAAUAGGUGAUUAUGAUGUCUUCUCAAAAUGGAUACGACGGCCUUCAGCAUCAGCAGCAACAACUGCAGCCUAGUGGUGAAGAGCACCAUUUUAGUGUAAACUCUGAAACCAGUACAGAGGUUGGAUGGUACGUUCUUGGAGAAAAUCAACAGCAGGUGGGUCCCUAUGCAAUCUCAGAGCUCUGCGAGCAUUUCUCCAAUGGAUAUCUUUCAGAUACACUGGUAUGGUCUGAAGGAAGGACUGAAUGGCAGCCAUUGUCCUCAGUUCCAGAGUGUUGGACAAGAAUUUGCUCACAUGGAUCUGAUUAUUCAACUACACUGUCUACUCAUGAUAAUCAUGAGUUUGAGAGAUGGCAGAAUGAGAUAAAGGAGGCAGAAGCACAAUUUGAAGGGUUUGAAUUUGGAUCUGCUUCUGGUGACGUUGGGGCUGAAGUAGGAGGUGAUUCUGAUAGACCUUCAACACCACCUGAGGGUGAAGAAGAAUUUACUGAUGAUGAUGGGACUAAAUAUAAGUGGAAUAGGAAUCUUAGGGCCUGGGUUCCCCAGGAGAACACGUCUGGCAACAAUGAGCCUUAUGGAGUUGAAGAGAUGACUUUCUUGAAGGAAGAGGAAGUUUUCCCCGCAUUAACAGGUCUGGAUGCUUCUGUAGAAGAUGAUGGUUCAAAAUUAAGUAGUUCUGUGGCUUCCAUGAAGGACGAAGUAAAUAUUACGAAUACAGAAGCAGAAGGAAAGAAAGAUGGGAAGAGGAAGCUUUCAGGUGAACAAGAUGACAAGAAGGAAGCUAAUAAACCUCCUAAUAGUUGGUUUGAGUUAAAGGUCAAUACGCACGUUUAUGUCACUGGAUUGCCUGAGGAUGUUACCACUGAUGAAGUGGUGGAGAUGUUUUCCAAGUGUGGCAUCAUAAAGGAGGACCCUGAAACCAAAAGGCCUCGAGUCAAGCUCUAUGUUGAUAAAGAGACACGGAGAAAAAAGGGAGACGCAUUGGUCACAUAUCUAAAGGAACCGUCAGUGGCUUUGGCAAUUCAAAUAUUGGAUGGAACUCCUCUUCGCCCUGGUGGCAAGAUUCCCAUGUCCGUCACCCAUGCUAAAUUUGAGCAGAAAGGAGACACAUUCAUAGCCAAACAAGUAGAUAAUAAAAAGAAGAAGAAAUUGAAAAGAGUUGAAGAGAAGAUGCUUGGCUGGGGUGGUCGUGAUGAUGUAAAAGUUUCGAUUCCGGCUACGGUCAUCCUUCGUUAUAUGUUCACACCUGGGGAAUUAAGGGCUGAUGAAAAUUUACGUUCAGAACUAGAAGAAGAUGUUAAAGGGGAAUGUGUGAAGCUUGGCCCUGUGGACUUGGUCAAGAUUUGUGAAAAUCAUCCUCAGGGUGUUGUUUUAGUCAAAUUCAAGGAUAGGAAGGAUGCUCAAAAGUGCAUAGAAUUGAUGAAUGGAAGAUGGUUUGGCGGAAGACAGAUACAUGCCAGUGAAGAUGAUGGUUCAGUUGAUCAUACCGCCAUUCGGGAUUAUGAAGGUGAUGCCUUGCGACUGGAGCAGUUUGGCGCAGAACUCGAAGCCGAAUGAUUUUAACACCCUUGACCUGAGUGAGACAACACGAUAUCUUCACUCUGAAAUUUAUCUAUUGGAUUAGGCAUAGUUGGAGCUUCCAUUUUCUUGUACGAAUUCCAUUUGUUCGCGCAUAGAUUAAUACUUAACAAGUUCCAUAAUGCCAACUAUGCAUGAUUAUAUCAAAAAGGCCUAUAGGUUGGCAAUGUACAAUGUUUAACUGCAAAAAUAAUAACGAGACAUGUAUCGAUCAAAGUCUCAAGCCUCCAAUGCGUUUUUCCUUUGGAUUCCCAGACGCUUCACCUGAGAAUGUUAAAUAAACCUCGGGGUGCAACGUGUCUUGGUAACCAAAGCAAGUUGCAAUUCAUGAGUUGGUUGUGUGGUCUGAUACUUCUAAUGCACUUUCAUGCUUUGGAAAAUACAACAGAUGAAAUCGUACAUGAUUAGCUCAA